AUGCCGGGAUUAACGUCGAGGUUUAUCGAGCAUCUCGGUCCCGGAGAGCCACGCGCAUCCUCGGAAGCAGAUGUACGGCUCGAAGAGAUUCUUGCCGAGGAGUAUGGUCGUGUACACAGCUCCGGCUCGUCGACAAACUCUUCGGGCAAAGAGAGCAUGGACAAAGAGCGAUCAGAAGCCCGCAUGAAGAAAUCCACAUGGAAAAAGAAGAUCAAGGUCCCGCAAUUUGGGCGAUGA